AUGACUGGAAUUGCCAUCGACGAUGCUAUGAAACAGAAAGCUGGUGUGAUCUGGGAACACGUAUCAUUGGAGCAUGAUCCAAAUAGGGCACACCUGGUUACGCUGAAGGUUCUGGGCUCUGUGUCUCUUGUGAAAUACAAGAUCGAAUCAGGGCUACUCGUCUCGUUCUUACUGUAUCAAUUUCAACUUGGAGAGAAUCUCAGAGAAUUAGGUGAGGUGUGGAAUGGACUGAUGCAGGCCGUCGGUGCUUCAAGAAAAGUCUUCGAAUUCAUUGAUCGCGAUCCAAGAGUCAAGGUUUGCCUACCGAUAUCCCAGCAAUAG